AUGGCACACAAGAUCCUGGGCAACUACGGCGCGGCUCGAGAGGGUGCAUACUUCAAGUCGGAGCAAGAGGCGGAGCUUCAGCGGCACAGGGACAGGCUGGUCCGAGAAGGAGCAAUAGACAAGGCCGUGCCCAGGAGCGACCCCAAGAGUGUCCUGCCCGAGGUUCUGCAGCAGCAGGCCCGCAUCGACGACCCCCACGCCGCCCAGAGGAAGGCUUUCCACCGGCGCGUAAAGGGCUCCCUGCCGCCGCUGACGCCGGAGGAGCGCUACCGCUUCCGCAUGGCCGGAGCGGGGCCGGGCGCGGGCCUGGGCCACAUCCCGCGUCUGAGCCUGGGCCGAGACAGGUUCAACAUCCCCCAGGGCUCCGGCGCGGGGCAGGCGGAGGCGCCCGUGCGGGCGCUGUCACCCGAGGCGGUGGAGGUGGCGCGGAGGACCUACGUGGCGGGCCUACGGGCCCUGGUCUACGGCACGCUGCUGGGCUUCGGCGCGCUGGCGCUGGCGGGGACCUACUCGGAGCCGCGGUCCGAGUUUCAGCAGCGAAUGAUGGCUCGGUAUAAUCCAGGAAGCCUGGGCGGGCGGGUCGACGGCGAGUUCCGCGCCCCGGGGCGGGAGUGGAGGGAGCCGUGA